AUGAUGUCCUCGGACUCAUCCUCCAACUCGUACGCCGCAACACUCCAGUCGCUCCUACCACCAGCAUGUCCCCAUCAUGUCCUCUCUCUUCCCGUCUCGCCGUGCAAACCCCAUGCACCCAGCCAUACUAUCUCCAAUCUCUCCUUACACCCUGUUCUCGAGUCGGCUCUGCAUAUUCUAAACAUGGAUCUCCCGGCCGCGCAUUUCCUCUUGCGGCACAUGCAAGCUGCACCGGCAUGGGAGGCGAUGUAUCUGCAUGGGCUGCUGCAUCGGAUUGAAGGAGAUUUGGAUAAUGCGAGGGCGUGGUACGGAGAUGUGAAGGAGUCCGAGGUAUUUAAGUGGGUGUGGGGUGGGAUGGACUCUGGAGGAGACGACGCCUCACACCCAAUGACUUCGCCAGAGGCAGCGUUCCAGAGUGCCAUGUCUUUCCUCACCCGAGUCGAGGUGUACAAGUCCUUCUCCUUGUCAACAAAGUCCAGGUCUGAUGCAAUCUCUUCGGAAAAGGAUGUUCCGGCCGAGGACGAGCUGGCAGAAAUCUCUCUGUGCGAGAUACGUCGCUUACUCUCGUUUUGCGAACGGAAAUUCGGCACCAAGCCAGUGAUGGAUGCUUCGGACGUGUGGGUGUCGAUGAAUGAGAAGCACGCCGACAAAGCCACGCAGAUGAUUACUGGAGGCGAAGGAUGGAGAACGUUUUGA